ACACACACACACAUCGGUGAGAGUCAUUCACUGAGUGAUCUUCAGCAUGGACAUCAGGACUGAGGCGACAUGGGCAUUUCUGCUUGGCUUCAUGGAGCUCACAUUUGUUGGCUCGAGUCCACUGUCGUUGCUCAGGCGCACUCGCUCUGAGGUGGGUCUGGAAGCUGUACUGCCAUGUGACUGGGGCUUACACAGUGACGUGUCAUCCGAGACGCCGUACAUCCAGUGGCAGACUCUCAGUGAAAUGGUGUUUGAGCGAAUGGGGCCCGAUCAGUUUCAGGCCGAUGCUUACAAAAACCGUGCGGAUGUUCCCGAGGGUGUGCUGGCGAAGGGGAACUGCUCACUGCAUCUGAAUGACAUCCGAUUUAGAGACGCAGGAAUCUACGAGUGUUAUCUGGUAGUUGGGAAAGAGGGGAACAAGAGGAGGAUCUUCAUCCAGAGUGUCCAGCUCGCCGUUAUCGAUCAUAAGAGCACUCAGUCUGUGGAAAUGGGGAAAGACCUGACCCUUGACCUCUACACGAAGCAGGCCGAGACUUUGGUGUUCCAGAGCUCACACUCCUCCCAGUGGACACAGCUGUGGCAGCGACAGAUGGCCUGUAAUGACUCUCGGGUGGUGGAGAGAAACGGAAGGCUUGUUAUCCGGAAUGUGAGAGCCGGCGAUGAAGGACUGUAUAAAGUGAUGGAUGCCGAAGGUCUCGCGCUGAGCACAGUGAAGGUUUCUGUUAAAGAUCCUCCUCCAACCACGAGGCCACAAGUGUGGGAAAAACAUAUUUCAUUAGAAAGCAGUGUUGGUGUGAUCUACCCCUCCCUCUCUCUCCCGUGUCUCCUCAUCAUGCUCCCGUAUUUCCUCCGACCCUGAAGCUCAUGAAGAGAAUGCGAUGAUGAUGGUGGCGAUGAUGGUGGAGAUGAGUGAUGAGCCAGAGGUCGUCCCUCACGCCGAGUCCUGCAGCGGCUCAGUAACCACAGGGUUAACGGUGCUCACUCAGGGUAUCAGGGAGUAGGUGCACUAGAGGCAGGCGCCCUAACCCUUCAUUUGCUCCAGAGGUGUUGUGGUGUGGAACAUGCGAUACAAAAUAAGAGUUAAUUUAUUGUGUUUUGUAUUGCUUCUUUUUUUUUUUUUUUUUGGGUGAAUUUUUAAUUUUGAGGAAUAUAUACCAAUAUUUCAAUAAUAAAACAUGAAUAAUUCUAAUAAAAAUUCCUUAACUACACUGAUUUAAAAGGUAUUUAACUAAAAUGACAUGCAUAAGCAUCUUAUGAGAUGAAAGAUCCAUGAAAGAUUUGUAUCUUUGAUCUUUUUACAACUCAGCACAUUUCUUUAAAAAGAAUUCAUACAGAAUUCAAAACUCCUAAAUCCCACAGAAGCAACAAGUUCACUCACGAGGAAGUUUAUCCUCCAGAAUAACCCUAAUAAGAGACCCUUCUAUUGCAGACCACACCCCGACUUAAGUCUGAGUACAGAUACAAAAUUGUUACAUUUUUUAUAAUGUUAUUUGAUCUUAAUAGUAAAUAAAAAAGUUGGACUUAAAAAACUCCACUAAAAACUUUUUUUUAAUGCGAAACAAAAAAUAGAAUGGACGUCAUCCAGAACGACUUUAUAAAUGUUCUGGUGUCCAUAACUAAUAAUGUAUGUAUAAACUCUUCAAACAGAGUGAUCAAAAUGCCUGUUUAUAUUUAAUAUUUAAAUAAAUUAAUUUUUGCUUCUCUGCAUGUUGUACUUACAUAAGAUGCACAAUGCACUUUAUUUUUCCAUUUGAUAAUAAAUCAAAGAAUGUA